AUGUCUAGAAAAAAUUCCGUAGGAACUUGUGAUGGACUUUUUGAAGAAAUAAAAACUCCUCAAGUGGAUUUUAUCGCAGAAAUCCCUAAUCUAGAGACAGAGGAAGUACCCAGUAGAGGCAGACGAAGAAGUAGUGUCAUGUCCUCAACAAGUAGUUUAAAUGCAGAAAGUAAAUCCGGGUGGAAAUCAUUGGUUGACGCCACAGACGAGUUUGGUAAAGAUUCUAAAAAGCUAUAUAAAUUUAUCAAACGACGAUUGAGUAGCAAGAAGAAGAAGCGAGAAACAGAAGUGAAAGCUAUCAGUAUUGUUCCAGACGAGGAAGAGAAUAUGAAAUGGGCAAACCGACCAUCAACGCGGUCACCACCAUGUAGUGCUCACAGUCGUACGAGUACAGGAACGGGGACAUCCAGCGUAGGAAGUAAAGAUGACGACGGAAUUGAAACAGUUCAUGAUAUGGAUGAUGAAUAUAAUGUUUUUCAUGGUUGUUAACACCGAAAACCUUACUGCAGAUCUUUAUGGUGCUAACUGGUAGCCUUUUGUCAAGCAAGACAAAGUCAGUGACAUAAUUUAUUAUCUUAGUCCCAACUCCACGUUUUAACUUGGAAUUGUAAACCUAGUAUUAACUGUACAUUUAAAGUGUGUGUGAUAGAUAAAACUUAAAGUGCAAAUUGCUGAGUGCAUUGGACACUAAUAUUUUAAAUAAAUUCAUUAAAAUGGACCGCAGUGGAAAGCCCCGCAACUAUGAAAUACAUUCUGUCUGAAU